GUCACCUCCGUGAUCCAGACCGUACGACUUUACUUGCAGACUUGUCCUGCCGCUGUUGUCUAUUCCAAGAUAGACUAGGUCACUGUUGUCUUACAGCAUCCAGACAAACCGAUGAUGUCUUCAAACCAGAGGCCCAUUAUGGGGCCACCAGAAACACCGAGCAGAUUUCUGCAACAAUCACCGAGUCUCUUCCCGAGUCUGCAACUCUCGCCGGAUAUGUACGCACACCAGUUCUCUGGACCAGCCACAGCGUCGAUAUAUCCAAACCAAAGGUUAUUCUGGGACCCUUCAAAUAUCAGCUUCGAUGAUUCGUCCUUGCCCCAACAAUAUCAAGACCCUUUUCAGUUCAGUCCAGCUGCUCUAAGUAGCUCAUUCGCCUCUUCUACCACGGUGGUCCCAAGCUUCCCUCCUCAGCAGCCCUUUCCGGUACCGGAAGAGCAGCCCUACGAUCUGCCAAUGCUACAACGUUCGCCGCAUUACUCCCAUUUUCAGGGACCCGCCUUUCCAGCACCUUUUCAAACCUCCCCACGAGUACCACCACCUCAAGUGGAGAACCCAAGUAUGUUUCUGAGCUCGCCAGCCCGCAGAUUCGGUGCUGCCGACCAGAUGUCCAACCGAUUCUUGCAGAACCCCGUCCCUGAUAGACCAGCAUAUGCACAUCAGAUCGAGGAAUCUCGACGCGAACAAGAAAAGAAACGGGCUCGCAGGAGUGAUGUGAAACAGCCGUCAAUCACGAGGUCAGUGAUGGAAGCCUUGAAAAGGCCGGUGUCACCUAUCAAAAAGGAGAGCAGGCCGGGCUUGAAGAGAAGUUCUACACACACAGGGGUGAGAAGUGACAGGACACUCACACUUCAGACGUCUAACAUGGUCAUGGGACGAAACUCGCCUGUGCUGCAGGAGGGGAGCUGGCAACAUCGACCGGGCCGUUCGUCUCCUUUGAAACAGGUCGCCGACCCUAUAUCUCGUACCCUUACUAGUAGUCGAAAUGGGACGCGUGGAUCAGUCUCGCUGGCAAUCGACGAGAACGGCGUGGCCAAGAUGAUCGUCUCUGGAGACUCCCAGGAGAUGGACGUCGACGCAUUAUCUGGAGGUGAGCCUGAUUCUUUCGACGAUACCGAUUUCCAAAUGCUUCACAGUCAGGCGAACUCCUUUGCCUUCUCUGAUAGUGGGGACAUCUCACGACCAGACUAUGGGCAGAUCGACAGACCUUAUGGUCAUUCAAAGACGAGCUCAUAUUCUACCAUGGUGUCUGACUCGGCAAAUCAGUCAUCGUGGCAUAGCUCCGCCUCGAAUACUAGAAGCUCUGACGGACAUCAAAGUCGACGAAAGCGGCCAUUGGGCACCGGUGUCGAGAUGGACAUUCUGAUGGAGGACAAGCCGAGUGGAAAUGCGCAGCAUGCAUUGCGAGCAAUCAUCCAGGACCGCUCGCGGUCCACCUCGGCACAAGGAUAUCAUUCUGUUCAGCCACUACUGCAUUCCUCGCCUCCAUUACAACAGACACAAUAUGCCAUGUACAACGCUUCACCCACCACGAUAACCGAUCCCGACUUAGCCACUCCGAGCACUGACAGGGAAAGUGUCGCCAGCAAUAUGAGCACGCGAUGUGUUUGCAACUCUUCUAUGCUGGAUGGGUCGGUGCCAAUGGUUCAAUGUGAUUCAUGCUCAAAAUGGUCACAUACUUCUUGCGUUGGUAUCGACGGCCGACGCAUUCCGCAAGUGUAUAUGUGUGUCUAUUGUGUACAAACUCCCUACCGGCAGGGCCAUGCCUCCCUCCGACCCUCAGCAUUUCCCUCGACAGCAAGUCCUUUAGCACACAAAUCAAAAAGGAACCGCUGAACACUACCACCGGCUACAAACCUGUUGCCUCCCCCUGUACCAUUUCUCUUUGUCAGAUCAAUUUUGAGCGAGAUGAUUGUAUUCGGUCUUUUGCGUUUCUACGACCUGGUUGGUGAGACCUGUUGAUGGAAGCAAAGUAUGUGGACGAUCACACCAAGCAACAGGCGGCCGGGCGCGGACUAUUGUACUACCUAAUGCUAUUAUAUAUAUAUAUACUCACGCCUCACGCCUGUGCUGUCUCAUCUAGACAAUCGUGGAGCACAUCGGCGUUAGCUACCAUCGCCCAGCAUGGGAUCCGAGCUUGAAUUA